CUCCGCCCCGAGCUGACAGCUACACCGAGCCGGUACAGAGGCACGGACUAACGGCAUCACACCGGAAUCACAUCACCGUAACUCUGUUAUUUCACUUGGGGACGAUUUUAACUGAAACAUAAUAAGAAUAUGGUGGCUUUUUGAAAAAAGACAAAGAUGGCACAGAAAGACACGCUGCUACAUCUCUUCGCCGGGGGGUGUAGUGGUACGGUGGGAGCCAUCGUGACCUGCCCCCUGGAGGUGUUGAAGACACGGUUGCAGUCCUCUGGCCUCACCCUCCGGCCUGUCUUCCAGGUCCAGCUAGGCACCCUAAGUGGCACUGGGGUUAUCCGUCCGGGGACUGUGACACCUGGGCUGCUGCAGGUCCUACGAUCAAUUCUUGAAAAAGAGGGACCAAGAUCACUUUUCCGUGGUCUGGGGCCGAACCUUGUUGGUGUGGCCCCCUCAAGAGCCAUUUACUUUGCUGCAUAUUCGAAAUCUAAAGAAAUGUUCAAUGGGCUGUUCGUCCCUAAUAGUGGAGUGGUGCACAUGUCCUCUGCUGGUGUUGCAGCUUUUGUUACUAACUCUCUGAUGAACCCCAUCUGGAUGGUCAAGACCAGGAUGCAGCUGGAGAAAAAAGCCAGAGGAGAGAAAAAGAUGAAUGCACUGCAGUGUGCUCGCUAUGUUUACAAAACGGAAGGGAUCCGGGGCUUCUACCGAGGCCUGACUGCAUCUUAUGCUGGCAUCUCGGAGACCAUGAUCUGCUUCCUCAUCUAUGAGACACUAAAGAAACACCUCGCCAAGAGCCAAUUUGCCUCCCCGAAUAGCGAAAACGAGAAAGGAGCAUCAGACUUCCUGAGACUGAUGUUGGCAGCUGCUUUUUCAAAGGGUUGUGCAUCCUGCAUCGCCUACCCACAUGAGGUCAUACGGACGAGGCUGCGUGAGGAAGGCAGCAAGUACAAGUAUUUCUUCCAGACAGGGAGGUUAAUAGCGGUGGAGGAAGGUUAUGCAGCUUUUUAUAGAGGACUCAUUCCACAGCUAAUUAGACAAAUCCCUAACACAGCCAUCGUCCUCUCCACUUAUGAACUCAUUGUCCAUCUGUUGGGAGACUCCAAAUGAAGACAUGUUUGAAAGUUGGCGUUUUCCAGACAAAGCCUGAGACACACUGGGCAAGAGACUUUUGAAAAUGCAACACAUACUGUACAUAUUUUGAUGUGGUGCUACAGAGACUUUUAUGGUGGAACUGAAGCAGGUUGUACUGUUAUCCAAAGAGCUAAAUAGAUUAUUUUAUUGAAAGCUUGAUCGUUAGGAGUUUAUCAAAAACAAUUCAAGAAGUCGUGGUACUUAUUGAAACUCCAAACCUGUGAAAAAGGUCAUCUUCUUAGAGGACUAGUGCUAAGUUAACUAAGUUAUUUUAUGUUUUGUUAUUUUAUGACGGUGUUUGUUUCUUUUUAUCAGUGGUAAAUGUACCAUCACACAUGACUGUGCAGGCCGACUCAUUAAGUUAACAAAGGGAGGUUAUUCAGAUUAAGUGCAAGUAAUACUGCUGUCCCUUGCAGUGUAAUGACCACAGACCAUUUUGAGAGUUUUGUUUCACAAAAAUAAUGUGCUGGUUUUGAAGUUGGAAUUACAGAGAAAUUUCAUAUUUUUCAUUAAUAUAUAUAUAUAUAUAUAUAUAUAUAUACACACACACAUAUAUACAGGCUUAUGUGUAUUUUUUUUUCUUUGAGAAAAAGAUGGUCACCUUUUACAAUAUAAUGGGAACUUAGAUGCUGUUUUGACCAGUGGCUCAAUAAACUGCAUCAAGAAACUACAUCAGUUGGUUGUUGAUCUUAAUACUGACGCAAUAAUUCAGAAAUCUGCCUUUAGUUAGUACCAAGCACAAGAGUAGAGCAGGGUUGUUUCACUGUCAAUAUGGCUCAAUAACUGAAAUAUCAGAAUAUGUGAGGGACUAAUUGGCUGGUCCUGUUCUGAAACUCGUAUAUUCUGCUUAAUUGAUUUAAUCAGGGCCUUGUACCUUGUGUCAACAUUAAGGUUUGGCUAAAAUGGCAGACUACUGAUUUUUAUCUUGUUAAUUUCACAUGCAGAAGUGCAAAGUACAUGAAGGAAAUGUAUGUGAGGGUGUGGUAGAAAACAACACCCGAGAGAUACAAAAGAUUAAAAUACUGUACAAUACAGGAGGAAUGUGGGUGAAAAGUCUUCAGUCAGAACUUCCUUUUAACAAAUUUAAUUUUAUCCCACUUUUGAGACUUAAAUUUCUCUAGAUAUAAGUAUAAUCCCUACAAUGUGUAGUAGAGGUUCUCUUCUGCUUGCUACUUGUGUUUAUACAAUGACUGAAUCCCAAGAUGUGCUUUCUAAUCAUUUCCUUCUACAUACUGUCAUUUGCUGAGAAUGUAUUACUG